AUUUGAGUUUUGACGUUUAACUCUUGUUUAGAAUUACGAUCUGAUUGGUUUACUAUUGUUGUGAUGUGAACUUGGUUAAUUUAAAAAAAAGUUCUUGAAGUGUAGAUAACAAGUGCUUAUCAUAACAAUAGUUAAUUAUUGAUAGUAGUCCACGUCUUAACUCGAAACCUCAGACCAUUAUCUUGUCUGGCAUUUCAUGAACUUAUAGACAAAUAAAGUUAUAUUAUAUUAUAUUUGCGAUACAAUGACCACCUCAAAGUCCAGGGAAUUCAAUUUUACUGAAGUGAAUUCUAUCUUAAUUGAUGUAUAUCUGAACAAAAACAGUAUAGAAGCACAAGUAAACCAAAUACUUGAACAUAAUUUGGUGUUUGAAAAUAAGAACUACCAGCAGUGGUUACUUAAAGCUGUCUCAGUCUUAGAUUUAACAACUCUAUCUGGUGAUGACACAAGGUCCAAUGUAAGAAGACUGUGUAUAAAGGCAGACAGACCAUUGUCAGAACUUAAUAUUAAUAUUAAAGCAGCUGCUGUAUGUGUAUAUCCAAGCAGAGUGAGUGAUGCUAGUGAUACCAUUAAUAGAAUGCAAAAACAAGAUGUAAAAAUUGCAUCAGUUGCGACAGGAUUCCCCUCAGGCUUAUAUGACAUAGAAACAAGAACACUAGAAAUUAAAUAUGCUGUAUCAUGUGGCGCUCAUGAAAUUGAUGUUGUAAUAGACAGAACCCUGGUGCUAACAGGCCAAUGGUUGAAGCUAUAUAAUGAGCUGAAACAAAUGAAGGAAGCAUGUAAAGAUGCUCAUAUGAAAGUGAUACUUGGUGUAGGAGAACUGGGGUCUUAUGAAAAUGUCUACAGAGCAUCUAUAGUAUCAAUAUUAGCCGGUGCUAAUUUUAUUAAGACAUCCACUGGCAAAGAAGCAGUGAAUGCUACUCUCCCUGUUGGCCUUGUAAUGUGCCGUGCUAUAAAGAGGUGUUACCAGGAUUAUAAUAUUAAGGUUGGUUUAAAGCCUGCGGGUGGUAUUAAAACAGCCCGUGAUGCCGUCAAUUGGUUAAUUUUAGUGCAAUCCGAGUUAGGGCCUGAGUGGGUAACGCCGGAGUACUUUAGGAUUGGUGCCUCCAGCCUAUUAGAUGAGAUUAAAAAGGAAUUAAAAUUGUUAUCUACAAACUAUUAAAUCCGAGUUUAAAUUAAUGAAGUUCAUUUCUGUCAUCUGUCAAACCUGUCAAGUGCCGGCAGGUCAACUUUAGUCGACACUUGGCAGAUCUAUUUGUUCUAACUUGGGCAAUUUCUCUGAAACUUUUCAUAAUUAUUGGCAGAUUUCUGCUGCUAAAUUCUGCUGAAGUUAAAACACAAAACUUCAAUUGGAAACAGAAGACGCUGACAUGUGUCUAAUUAUAUAUGGGUGGAGCAAUUUCCUAAGAAAUUCAAAUUUAUGGGAGCUACAGUUGCACUGCGCCCCUACUUUGUAACAUCCAAUAGGGACUGGACUACCGAUUCUAUGAAAAUCCGUCUCUCUGUCAUCCGUCUGCUUCUAUCAAAAUUCUCUCGAAAAUGAGCAGUACAAAACUGAUUGUGCAACAAUCAUACUUUUAAAGAAAUGUUUUUUUUAUUUCGCCUCGAAAAUUGCAUUGUAUUCCAUUUUCGAAAUAUUUUUAUACCGUUUUUUAAGAGAUGUACCAUUUUAAGAAGUAAGGUCGCAAUUAAUUUACCAAAAAAAGAAAUGUUUUAUAUGUUUACAUGUUUAAUGGCAAUGUUGAUGACAUUUAUAG